AUGGCCGUCGUAGCAUGCCAAGACAUGCUGCGACUGCCCCUGCUGCUCCACAAUCUAGGCGGGAAAGGGAAUGACAGCGUUUCUGCAACCUUUGACGUAUACGUUGAGCGCUUCGAGUUGUGCGUGGAGACAAACGAUAUAGCGCACGCGAAGAAGGCGAAGCUAUUUUUGACGGCUAUUGGUGAACAAGCAUAUGCCACUCUACGGAGUACUCUUCUGAAGAAGACCCCGAGUGAGGCUACGUAUAAGGAGAUUGUGACGGAACUCCGGAAACACUAUGCGCCAAAGCGCUCAGUGGUAGCGGAACGCUACCAGUUUCACAGAAGGAUUCAGAGGGACGACGAGUCCAUCAAUGAGUUUCUGGUCCCCUUAAAGUCACUUGCCUCGUACUGCAAAUUUGGUUCUUUCCUGGAGGAAGCGUUGCGGGACCGGUUUAUUGCGGGACUUACGAAUAACAGCAUCCGGUGUCGUCUCCUGGCCAUGGAGGAUAGUGAGGCUACGCUUAGUCGUGUGUGCGAACUGGCCGAGGCCAUGGAGGCCGCAGAACGUCAGGCACGGGAAAUGUACGGUGCGUCUACGACGGACGACGCCGAGGGGAAUGGUUCCUGUGACAAUUGCAAAAUCAUGCUUUCGUGCACAACACCAUCUCGGUGUGGCGUGUACGGGCUCAUACACGGCCUCGACAAUGGUGGUCUGAUUUAUCCGAGGCCCGAAAAUGUGAUAGUGUGCAAGAUUAUUUGUGACUUUGUGGUUGCCGUGCUGAAGGACUCACAAGUACGCAAACAUGGAAGCCUGGGUCUCCUGCUCUGA